AUGCGCGUUGCCUUUCCGACUGACAGCCUACCCAUCCCCUGUUUCAUGUGCAACUGCGAUGCCUGCCGACACACCAGCGGACAGAUGGCCUUCCACACCGUCCGAAUUGUAGGCGUCCCCCAAUGGGUGGGCACCAACAAGGCCGUCCCUGUACAUGAAGUCCUCAAGGCCUACCAGCCGCCGGAAAGGAAGGGGGUGACGCAGUACUUUUGCCCGACGUGUUCAGCGAAGGUGUUGGUUCACGUCAACGUCCUGGAGAAUCUCCAAGAGGAGAAGCCUCAUCUCGACCCACCGAAUAUCCAAUACCAGUCUUCGGGUGGCUGGCCGCCUAGAUCGCUCUCAACGUUCGGAGAAGAGGGUGUGUUGAACGAGGGAACGGAGUACUGGCGUGUGGCGGGGGGAGCGUUACAGCAAGCCGAGGGUGUCAUUCAACCGGUCUGUCAUGUCCAUGUCUCGGACACCAAGGACGGAGGAUUCGCCGAGCAACUAUUAAAGGUCAACGACAUUGACCUCGUUCGCUAUUCGGGUGCGAUUGGCAGUGACCAAGUCCCUCUGGGCUGGCGUUCGCCUGACCUCAAGGAGGAACAGCGCGAUGCUCUCUCCUUCUACUGCCACUGUCGCGCCAUAUCAUGCACGCUUUCUCGCCCUGACGAGGUGAUCGCCAGACUCCCGACGGCACCCUAUCCCGACUUGAUCUUUCCUAAGGACACGACUCGCCUCGCGAAAGCUCGCAAUAUUCGCGACGAGAAAUGGUGGCUACGUCCUUCCCUUGCAGCAGGGGAACCGACCAGGUACCUCACCGGCCAUUGCGCCUGUGACGACACGUUCAAGAGGUGGGAAGCGACGAUCCCAUUUGUUUCACCGACGCAGUGCGACGACCCAGAGGUUUGA